GUGGAUCAUGGUGGGUCAGGAUGAAACAUGGUGGGUCAGGAUGGAACAUGGUGGGUCAGGAUGAAACAUGGUGGGUCAGGGUGGAUCAUGGUGGGUCAGGAUGAAACAUGGUGGGUCAGGGUGGAACAUGGUGGGUCAGGAUGAAACAUGGUGGGUCAGGGUGGAUCAUGGUAGGUCAGGAUGAAACAUGGUGGGUCAGGGUGGGUCAGGAUGAAACAUGGUGGGGCAGGGUGGGUCAGGAUGGAACAUGGUGGGUCAGGAUGAAACAUGGUGGGUCAGGGUGGAUCAGGAUGAAACAUGGUGGGUCAGGGUGGAUCAUGGUGGGUCAGGGUGGGUCAUGGUGGAUCAUGGUGGGUCAGGGUGGGUCAUGGUGGGUCAAAUUCGCAGACGACACCACCUUAGUGGGACUAAUCUCUGGAGGUGACGAGACUGCUUACAGGGAGGGGUCCAGAGGCUGGUGGGGUGGUCAACACCUCUAAAACAAAGGAGGUGAUCGCGGACUCCAGGAGGAGGACUGACCUGCAGCCCAUCUGUGGAGAGGGUGGCCAGCUGGGCGUGCACAUGGAGCUCAGAUGGAGCUCCAACACCUCAGCGGUCGUGAAGAAGGUCCAACACUUUGUGAGGAUCCUCAGGAGGAUCAGCUUAAACUCUUCUAUGUAUAUAAUAUACAUGUAUGGUGUUCAAUCAUUUAGAACUUAGAACUAUAAAAGAAGUUGUCAGAACGUUCUUCGUCACACAGCUGUGCUUAGUGGUUCUGAUGGUUCUGAUGGUCCACUCACACUUGUCUGGUGACCCUCUGAAGGGGCUCGACCCUCAGCUUGACUAGCUGUGUGUCUGUAUCUCACAGCACACAGACAGGUGUGUUGUGUUAACGUUAUAUUAACGUUGUUGUGACGCUCGGGUUGGACUCGGUGUGUUUGGGCACGUGCAGCAGCAGUCCGGUCCUGCUCGCGGAUCCAGUCCGGGACUUCAGGUCUGAUGACAGACCGCUUCACCGGAGCAGCAGAUCCCUCCGCGGGGUCACACACUUUUUACAAACACAAACAGAUGAAGGCGCCGUGACGCACACACGGACACACCGACGCCUCUCAGACGGGCUCCCCGGUGAAUGUCGUCUGUACCCAGGCUUGAAGUGUCCGCCGCGGCCGGUGGUUCGGUUCCUCCUCUCGGUGCAGGAGUUCAUGUUUUCGGGGACCUACUUCUUCUCCUGCCGUCGCUGACAGGCGGUGCUCCGGUCGCUCCCAAACAUGGCCUCCAUGACGGAGCGACCGCUUCAACUUUAAUUUUUUCGGCAAUUUUCAGAGCGAGAGCAAUUUUCCUCCUUCCACGACCGCCGGGAAUGUUUCCACGGGAAACCUCCUCACGCCGCGCGUCUGCAGCCGCCGUGAUCCGCCGGUGAGCGCGCGCUGAGGCGGGAAGGAGAAGUUGGAAAGCUGGAGAGGAAAAAGAGAAUCGCAUCAAAUCAAAUGCCGUCUGAGGAGCCUCGGGACAGAGGUCCGGCUCCCCCCGUCACUCGGGCCGGACGCAGCGCUCAGCUGGCCAAAGCCGCCGCCACCUCUGCCACUAGCCCCGCCCUGGAGAGGCGGUCUCGUGGGCGACCUCGGAAAGAUGGGAGCAGCGGCCGCUCUGGGCCUCCCACGCCUCCUCCACCUCCUCCUCCACCUCCCAAAUCAAGGAAGAAGGGGCGGAGUCGAGGCCGAGCCCAGGUAGAGGAUGAAGAGAGCAUGGACACAACGGAGAAGAAACUCCCCCAGAAGACAGAGGUGAAGGAGGUGAAGGAGGUGAAGGAGGUGAAGGAGAAGCCAAUAGGACGCCGUCGGUCAACCUCCAGGAGAAAAUCCAGUGUGAACCCUGAACCCAAACAUGACCCUGAUACUGACCCUGACCCUGAACCCAGCCAGGCCCGCUUGAGUCCAGAACCUGAGCCGGACCCCCCUCACCCUGGCCCCAUAGUCCCAGAGUCUAGCUCAGAACCACCUCCAAGCGCUGAGGAGGAGGACAGAACCAGCCCUGCUCCUGCCGCCUCGCUCCUGGCCUUUAGCCCAGGACCAGCUUCCAGUCCUGGGGAAGAACCUCCAGUCAGUCCCCCGCCCUGUUCUCCAUCCCUCAGCCCGGUUCAUAGCCCAGUAUCUGAUCCUGUGGAGGAGGACCGGCCCAGUCCAACUUCCAGCCCUGCCCCCAUGGAGGUGGACUGUUAUCCUAGCACGGUUCCCAUGGAGACGGAGGGCGGCUUGGCCAGUCUCAUGGAACAGAGUCCGGCCUCAAGUCCCUGCUUCAGUCCUCCGGUGUCCCCCUGUCCCCAACUGGAGGACGAGGUCUCACUGUCUCCUCUGUUCCAGCGCUGCCUGUCAGAGGAGUCCGGGAGCUCGCCCACCCCGAGCCUGGGACACACCAAAACACGUCUGAAGCAGUGUGCCUUCUGUUACCGUGGUGACGACCCUCCUCUGGGUCAGGGUCGCCUGGUGGUGUUUGGCCCGACGCCCGGCUACAUCCCGCUCCACAUCCUCAACCGCCGCGCCUCCUCCGACCGUGACAACGACUGCCACGACCACUGCUACCGCGGUGACCAGGCCCCGCCCACGUGCAGCAGUCCAGAACAGUGUGAGUCUUCCUCAGAGUUUGUGGAGCAGCUCGGACCCAUCGGCCUUCCACACGACAUCAACGUCCAAUCACUGUUCGACCCCACAGGUCAGUGCUGUGCCCACCUGCAGUGUGCAGCCUGGUCGGAGGGGGUGUGUCGCGGCGAGGGCCAAUCACUGCUCUACGUGGACAAAGCCAUCGACUCAGGAAGCACGCAGGUGUGUGCGUUCUGCUGUCGGCUCGGAGCGUCGCUGCGUUGCCGGGAGACAAGUUGUGGGCGGAGCUACCACUUCCCGUGUGCUGCUGCCGCCGGAGCUCACCUGGACUGGACCGAGAGACACACACUGUGUCCAAGACACACACACACAGCGUCCUCGCAGUGCAUGUUGUGUUCGGGUGGCGAUGUCAGCGGUCUGUUGAUGUGUUGUUGCUGUGGUAACCGUUACCAUGGCAGCUGCCUGGACCCCCCUCUGGCUCCCUCCCUCCUGUGUCGGGCCGGCUGGCAGUGUCCUCAGUGUCGAGUGUGUCAGAGGUGCAGGUUACAAGGCGAUGACGGCGUGUUGCUGGUGUGUGAGCGCUGUGAUAAAUCCUACCACACACACUGUCUCACUCCACCUCUGAAUCACACACCGAGCACCGGCUGGAGCUGCAAGAACUGCAGAAUCUGCCGCCGCUGUGGUGUGAGGUCAUCAGGUCAAUGGGCCAAUCACCCGUUUCUGUGCGAGUCAUGUGACCUGGCCCUGCCCUGCCCUCUCUGUGACCGUGCUCCUGACCUCUGCACACCACAGGACUAUCUAACAUGUAUCUGCUGCUAUAGGUGUGUCCACACACAGUGUGUUGUCCAGGCUGGGGAGGGCAGGGCGGGGUCUGAAAGUUACGUCUGCUCCACCUGCAGGCCUCAGGAGAAGGAGCUAAUCCCAUUCACUCCAACCCCUCACAGUUCUCCCCCUGCCCCGCCCACACAGCCACCAAUGGCAGGUCACACAGAGGCUCCACCCAUCAGGAGCACCACUGAUAGCCCAGUCCAGCUCAUCUGUUCAGAACCACCACAGAGCCCGAACAGGACCCUCUGUACACUACCACAGCAAAACCUUACCCCACCUCAACCUGAUCCCAUGGAGCUCCAGAGUGCUGCUCCAUCAAACCCUGAACCCACAGAGCUCUAUCAUAGUCCUGCUCAUCCUGAACCCACAGAGCUCUAUCAUAGUCCUGCUCAUCCUGAACCCACAGAGCUCCAUCAUAGCCCUGCUCAACCUGAUCCCACAGAGGUCCAUCAUAGUCCUGCUCAUCCUGAACCCACAGAGGUCCAUCAUAGUCCUGCUCAUCCUGAACCCACAGAGCUCCAUCAUAGUCCUGCUCAACCUGAUCCCACAGCGGUCCACCAUAGUCCUGCUCAUCCUGAACCCACAGAGCUCCAUCAUAGUCCUGCACCUUCUCACCCUGAACCCACAGAGCUCAACCAUAGUCCUGCUCCAUCAAACCCUGAACCCACUGAGCUCCACCAUAGUCCUGCUCCAUCAAACCCUGAACCCACAGAGUUCCACCAUAGUCCUGCUCCAUCAAACCCUGAACCCACAGAGCUCAACCAUAGUCCUGCUCCAUCAAACCCUGAACCCACAGAGCUCCACCAUAGUCCUGCUCCAUCAAACCCUGAACCCACAGAGUUCCACCAUAGUCCUGCUCCAUCAAACCCUGAACCCAGAGAGCUCCACCAUAGUCCUGCACCUUCUCAUCCUGAACCCACAGAGCUCCAUCAUAGUCCUGCACCUUCUCAUCCUGAACCCACAGAGCUCCAUCAUAGUCCUGCACCUUCUCAUCCUGAACCCACAGAGCUCCACCAUAGUCCUGCUCAACCUGAACUUACUGACUCCACCAUAGUUCUGCUUCACUCACCUUGACCCAUGGAGCUCCAUCUAUUCCUGGUCACCGAACCCACAGAGCUUCAUCAUAGCCCUGCUCAUC